AUGUCGAUCGUUCCAUUUACCGGGCGAGAGAGCAAUGUCUCCGACUCCAACUCCUCCAGAGAUCUGUGGGACCCAUUCCGAAACUUCCAUGAGAACGGCCUUUGGGACCCAUUCAGCGAUUUUCCCUUACCUUCCUCACUCUUAGGGUUCCGCCCUCUCUCCCCUUUCGGAACCUCCGUGAACACCAGUCUCGACUGGAGAGAAACUCAGACUGCCCACGUUUUGAAUGCGUCUCUUCCGGGAUUCAUGGACGAGGACGUGCUAAUUGAGCUCCAAGACGACCGAGUGCUCCAGGUGAGCGUGGAGAGCGGCAGGUUCAUGAGCAGGUUCAAGAUCCCGGACGAUGCGAAGCUCGAGCAGCUCAAGGCCUCCAUGCACAAUGGGUGUCUUACCGUGACUGUUCCGAAAGUGGAGGCCAGGAGGCCUAACGUCAGGACCAUCGAUAUCUUCGGGUCCGGCUAAAUCUAUCGUCUUCCUUUGUCCCGCACUAUGUUAAUAGGAUGUGUGGUUUGUUGAAGGUCACUGUGUGCUCCGAGUUGCAUUUGAAGGUGUUUGAUAUAAUGCGUCUUUUAAGUGUGCGAUGUUUCUGUUCUUGUAAUGCUAAGCUGAGCUUGGUUUAUCUAGAAAUAAAUAAGUUAUGUUCUUAACGGUUA